CUGUUGAUGACUCAGCAGUCGUUCUUCCCCACCAACGCUCUUGGAGGGGAAGACCAUGAGAAAUAGUUAAGACUCCAAGUUAACCUUUCCCUACAGUGUGCGAAGAAAUUGCAGUUUUGCUGUACAAACGUGAUAUAAUAUAACGUUCUCUUGACCCUGGAUUCAAUAAUUUGAACUCGUCCCUACACCUACGAGUGCACUCAGCGACAUGGCAGCCGCACCAGUAUCCGAGUCGCAGUUCCCUUACUCAUUAACCAUCUCACUUCCCCUCCCUACCAACCGCCUAGCGUCCUCCGCCCUCCGCGCUCUACAGGUCGACCAAGAACUCUCGCCAUAUGUUAGGCGGGACUUUGAGCUGGCCGCGCCGGACGAGGCAGCUGCAAUUGAAAGCAAGGAAGCAGACGAAGCGAAGACAGUUCUAAAAACAACGUAUCGCGCGACAACGAACCGUAUGUUACGUGUUGCAGUGAACGGCUUUAUGGAGAGUCUCGGUGUCGUGCUGGGAGUCAUGGAGGAGUUGGAUGUGGAUGUUUUGAAGCAGGAGUUGGGAAAGUGAGAUAUGCUUCGGAGUAUGCAUAUUUGAAAAGUGAAACAGAAAGACUCGCUGCACUUUGUGCAGCUUCUGGCUGGACACUCCCCAUUGGAUCUGUGUCGGGCGAGUCUCUCUCCAGAUUGGUCGGGUAUUCGGACGGCCUAGACCUUGGACACGGGGAUUC